AGCCGCCGGCCGGGACGCAAUGGCCGCCUCCCGCAAGCGUGCCUUCGCCUCCGUCCUUUUCAUCACGGCGAACGCUUCCUGCGCAGCAGCGCAGACGCCGGGAGGCCCGGGAUCGGACAACUCAAUGAGUUUCUCCGACGUGAUGGCCGUCUCCUUCUUCAUGGCCAUUUUCUUCCCCGUCUUGGUCGUCCUCCUUGCGUUUGCCUGCCUCCGCCUCUUCCGGCCGCCGCCAGACGACCCCCCAGCCACCGAGAACUCUUGGUCGGAGUGGCCGCGCCCGCGCCACAAGGAGGGCCUAGACGCCGCCGAGAUCGCGGCGCUGCCGCUGGUGUCCUACCGUGACGUCAAGCAGCACCGGGCCAGCGACGGCCGGAUCGACCCGCUGGAGUGCGCGGUUUGCCUGCUGGAGUUCGACGACGACGACAGCCUGCGGCUCCUCCCGACGUGCCCGCACGCGUUCCAUCCGCAGUGCAUAGGCCUCUGGCUCGAGAAGCACGUCACGUGCCCGCUCUGCCGCGCCAGCGUCCUCGACCCGCCACCGCCACCGGCGCCAGAGCAGGAGCUGGAAACGCCGGCGCCACCCGACUCGCCGCCUGCUCGCGAUCACGAGACGGUGGUCCUUAUCGAAGACGACCCCAGCCGCAACAUUGAGGAGGAGGAAGACAGGACCGGGAUCCUUGCGAGGACGCGGCGCGAGGCCGGGCGUGAGGCGCUGCCGCGGUCCAACUCGACGGGGCACGAGCGCUGCGGCGGGAUGGAGCGGUUCGCGCCGCGGCUGCCGGAGCAUGUUCGCCUCGAGAUCCUGGUGUCGCACAGGCUGAGGCACGUGACGAGCGCGGUCGCGUCCGUGCGCGUGAGGGAGGGGAGCGCCCACGACCCGGCUGCCGGCGGGAAUUCAGUACGGAGCGCCGUGGCGAGGCUGUUCUCGCUUUUCGCGCCAGGAGAUGGGUGGAGUCGCGACGUCGAUGACAAGUCCGCGGGGUUGCCUCGCCGGCGGCGCGAUGACUCUACGCGGGGAGCCGGAGCAGGAGAGGACAAGAGAAACCAUUGAUGAAU